AUGGAAAAACAUGAACUCAGUAAGUUGCUUAAAAAGGUAGUUUACGUUGACGAUCAAGACUCUAAGAGAAGCUCUUCAGCACCAAACGCAAAAUCCAGCAAAAAUAAUAAAAAUAAGAGCAUUAUAACGGCCCCAGUAUCCACAAAUAUAUAUCCAAUACCGCCUCCGAGCAAGAAGAAGUCGUAUUUUCUUCAGAAAAUAGCAUUGCAGGAAGAUGUCACUGAUGAACUGGAGAAGGUAGUACAGUCAAAUGAUAAAGACCUGCGGUUUACCGAACAGCAAAUCGACCAAGAUCUAAGUAUAGUGCUAGAACAAAUACAGCAGCAAACGGUACCAGAAUCACCAAAACUCGAAGAAUUGGAAAUUUUUAAAUUUCUAGACUCCGAAUUCUUAGAUCAAUAA